AUGGGUACCGUGGGUGUCCUGGGUGCCACUCUUGUCCCGGGUGCUGCUGGAGUCUCGGGUGCUACUGAUGUCACAGGUACCGUGGGUGUCCCGGGUGCCGCUGGUGUCUUGGGUGUCAGAGGUGCUGCUGCUGUCUUGGGUGCCAUUCUUCCCGUGGGUGCCGCUUGUGUCUCAGGUGCCAUUGGUGUCCCGGGUGCCGCUCCUGUCCCAGGUGCUGCUGGUGUCUCGUGUGCUGCUCUUGCCACGAGUGUCACAGGUGCCACUGGUAUCUCGGGUGCUGCUCAUGUCCUGGGUGCUGGUGUCUCGGGUGCUGCUCUUGCCAUGGUUGCCGCUCUUCCCGCGAGUGUCACGGGUGCCGCUGGUGUCACGGGUACCGCUGGUGUUCUACACUGUCACCUCCGAGUCCUCUUCACAGAGUGGCAGGAGUGGCUCCUUCUCAUCCAUCUUGACCCAUGGAUGCUGCUGAAGAGGGGCUAA